CUUGGGUUUCGGGGACCUUUUCCACUCCUCUCAUUGCCGCAAAAAAAGACUUGCGCCAUGUUCCACUCCUCACUGGCAGUGAUCCUCCUCCUUACUUUGGCAGAGAUCACGGAGGUGGCCGCAGGCGGAAAGUCCACAGAGAACUGCCUUUUGCAGAAGACCAAGGCCGUGAGUGGCGAGAACUAUGAGAAGAAGACCUCGGCCAAUGGCCUGAUGAGGGUGAGGAAGGCGGUCUUUGAAAACCGCUGUGAGCGGCCAGUGUACUUGUACGGCUACCAGAACCAAUUGGGGAAUGGCACCAUUGUAAAGAUCGAUGCUCAUGCGACAGAGGAGUUCACCGAGGAGCGGGGCUUCUUGCCUUGGCGGGAACAGCGCAUCACCUUGUCCUACGGGGAGUUCUUCGGGGGUGAGCUGAGGCCGACCAACCUUGAUGCUGCCGUCAUCGAACUCAACGCGGACUAUGAGAGCUGGGUGGUUCCCAAAAGUCAUAUGAGUUUCCUUGGACAGUUAGGCUUCAGCAGCCUCAACUUAGAGCUGGCCCUGUGGAAGGAUCGAAUCAACGGUUCUUUGGCAGUAGAGACGCCAGCAAACCCAGCCUGCUUUUCAAGGGCGAAAACCGCCUUCAACAUCUCCGAGUGCAACUUCACAGACGGCAGCGCCAAGGUGCUGGAGAGGACCUGGGGUGAGCUUUGCAUGCCAGUUUGUCCUGAGACCAACGAGGCUAGCGAAGCGCCUUGUGAGACGAGUUGUUUUGUAGAGCCGGGCGUGCCGCUGAAGUAUCCUGAGUAUAUCUCGCAUCGUUCCUUGGCCUGGAAGCAGGGCCAAUGGAUGCCCAGUCCCGCCACGGUGGACCAAUUCUUGAGGGAAGGUGGUCAGCAAUGGUCGGCAACCUUUGAGUGCUGGGAUUUUCAGACCGGCCCUGAAGGUUUCCCCAUUUGCGAUGGCUUCGAUCCCAAGUCCUUGCCCGAUGAGCUGGGCGUGUGGCAGGUGGUGAGCUGCCCCGAUGGUGAAGAGAUCAUCGUGCCACCUUUGCCCAACUGGGAGCUGGGGCGCUGGGAUGAAACUUCCUGUGAGAACUUGAGUGAUACUUGUAUGAAAGACUUGAAAUGGGCUAUGCAGGUCGGGAUUUUUCAAGAACCUAGAUGGUAUCCUGGUCUUACCUACAAAUCCAGCGCGGAUGAGUUCCAGGCCUUGCUACACGAGAUCCUGGGCAGCUGCCCACCACCCUGCAACGAUGAGCCCCACUUUCAAGCUGUCGAUGGCGCUAUCGACCGGGUGUGCCGUGGUGUGACAUCCAGCGACAACUCCAACAGCUACUUCACGGUCCGCGUCGCGAACUCGACUGAGCAGUGCAAGCAGCUUUGUCGGGACUAUCCCGGUUGUAAAGGGAUCGAGUUCGCGCGGAUCUCCGGGCGCUGCGAGAUCUGGCUCCGCGAGGGCGGCAUCGGAGCCAGUAACGCGGCCGAGAACUUCGAGUGUUGGCGCUACGUGGACCCUGGCGCUGGCAGCUCUGCUCCGAACGUGACGACCACGCUGAUGCCGCAUCAGCUGAUGUACUUUGAAGGCCUCAACGGGGUGGCACAGGACCGCGUCUGCCGUGGUGCCAACAUUUACGACAACAAGCGUUCCUACUUUGAGCUCUACUGGACUUCCACCUUGGAGGGCUGCAAGAGCGAAUGCGUCGAAGUGCCCGGCUGCAAAGGGGUCGAGUACGCGGCAUCCAUCGGCCGCUGCGAAGUGUGGAUCCGCCCCGAGGGGAUCCAGGCGGUCAAGGUGUCG